AUGUCAGCUGCAGAGUUUGACUACGAGUUCGUCCUGGAGGAUGAGUUUGAUGCCAUCUCUCUGGACAAGAAAAAGUCUCUAGAUGAGAUCCUGAGCGGCAAAUAUCCUGCCAAGAACCACGCACGCAAGGUCGCCCACGAGCUCGGUGUCGACGAAGGCAUCAUCUACCUCGUCGGCGAACCAGAGCGUCGCUUUCCUGACUCUGACCAGGGCCCCAAGUUCCGCCAGCAGCGAUACUUCUACUACCUCUCGGGUGUAGACUAUGCCGGCUGCACCCUCACCUAUGACAUCAGCCUUGACACCCUCACCCUCUGGAUUCCCUAUACCGAACCCAAAAAGAGCCACUGGUUCGGCUCGACACCCUCUACCGCCGAAGCCGCCCGCCUGUACGAUGCCGACCAGGUGCAUUACACGAGCGACCUCGGCGACUACCUCUCCAACCUCCCGGCCGCGUUGACCGUCUAUGCACUGCACGCUGACCAGCGUCCACCGCAACUGGUUCAGCACCAGUCGUUCCGCGCGCGCUCGUCUGACGGGCCACUUAUCGACACCGCCGCUCUCAAGCCGGCCAUGAACCGCGCCCGCGAGGUCAAAGACGAGUACGAGAUCGCCCUCGUCCGCCGCGCCAACGACAUCUCCAGCGCGGCCCAUCGCCGUGUCGCCCGCAACCUACUGCGCAUGCGCAACGAGAGCCAACUGCAAGCCGUCUUCGAGGCUGUCUCCACCGCCAGUGACGCCCACAGCCAGGCAUACCCCGUCAUCGCCGGCGCCGGGCCCCAUGGGGCGACGCUGCACUACGGCGCCAACAAUGCGCCGCUCGCGGGCCACGCUACCCUCGUCUUCGACGCGGGCUGUGAGUACCGUUGCUACGCUAGCGAUGUCACCCGUACUCUGCCCAUCUCUGGCUCGUUCUCGCCGCGCGCCGCCGCCAUCAACGACGUCGUCAUGCGCAUGCAGGCCGAGUGCAUCGAGCUUAUGCGGCCCGGCAAGUUCUUCUACGAGAUUCACAACCACGCAGGUCACGUCGCCGUAGACGGCCUCCUGAAGCUCGGCAUCCUGCGCGGCACCCGCGAGGAGCUAAUUGCCGCCGGCACCAUCUCCGCGUUCUUCACCCACGGCCUCGGCCACCACGUCGGUCUCGAGGUGCACGACGUCGUCGGAGACGCGCCCCUCAUGCUUUCUGCUGCAGCUGAGACAAUUGGCGGUCUUCGUCACAGCGGCAAGCGCACUAUGAUGACGCCAGAUAAGCUUGCUGCCAUGAACAGGAUUAGCAGAGCGACCGCGGCGGAGAAGCAGCGCACCGUACUGCGCGCGGGCAUGAUCCUUACCAUCGAGCCCGGCCUGUACUUCAACCGAGAGUAUCUUGAAGGCUUCUUCCGCGACGAUCCCGUCCACGGAAAGCUCAUCGUCUGGGACGUCGUCGAGCGGUACUACCCCGUCGGCGGCAGCCGCACCGAGGACUGCAUCCUGGUGACAGAGAGCGGCUACGAGAACCUGACGACGGCGCCAAAGGGCCAGGAGCUGCUAGACGUGAUCAACGGACGCGAGGGAGCCAAGUCUCGCCAGUAA